AAGUCGAGACGACAAUUAAAAUUGGGAGACGGCGACGAGAACCGCCCUUCCGAGACGGCGCGUAGCCUAGACUCGCCGUUUACUCUUCAACACGACGGAGGAAAAAACCAGCAUCAGAACCGAUCCAAGCCGUUGAGAGAAAACGGACACCGUCUCGACACCCCGACGCCGAUGUUGCCUCCGCCGUCCAGAUCGCGGCUGAACCAACAGCGUUUGCUCACCUCCUCCGCGGCGGCUAGGCUUCUCCGGUUAUCAGUCUCCUCUGACGGUGAAGAAGACAACGGCUCAGAUCUGUUGCCAACAACGGGUUCAAACUCAAUCAGGAGCCACGCAAAGCCCUUCAACAACCCCACCGCAUCACCUCUCCGUCGAUCCCUGAGUUCAUCUUGCGACGACUCGUCGUCGUUUCGAGACGUGAGAGCUUCACUGUCGCUUAAAAAUGGUGCUGGUUUGUCAUUGCCUCCGGUGGCACCUAACUCGAAGAUUCAAGCCGAUACAAAAAAGCAGAAGAAAGCUUCAAGUCAGCAAUCAGAUGCACACUCUCUGAAGCUGCUACAUAACCGUUACCUGCAAUGGAGAUUCGCCAAUGCAAAUGCUGAGGUCAAAACGCAAUCUCAGAAAGCACAAGCAGAGCGAAUGUUUUAUUCCCUAGGCUUGAAAAUGUCAGAGCUGUCCGAUUCUGUACAGAGAAAACGUAUAGAACUGCAAAGAUUACUGAGAGUAAAAGCCGUCAAGGAGAUUGUGGAGUCUCAAAUUCCUUCCUUGGAACAAUGGACUUCACUUGAAGAAGAAUACUCAAAUUCACUAUCGGAAACAACUGAAGCUUUGUUAAAUGCUUCAUUGCGGCUCCCUCUUGAUGUUGACAUCAAGGUCGAGUCUCAGGAGUUAGCAGAAGCACUUGCAAUCGCCUCAAAGUCCAUGGAAGGCAUUGUGCAGAACAUUGGAAAUUUCGUGCCUAAGACACAAGAAAUGGAGACUUUGAUGUCGGAACUAGCAAGAGUAAGCAGCAGAGAAAAGGCAUCAGUAGAAGAUUGUGGAGUUGCGCUGCUUAAGACACAUUCAUCACAUAUUGAAGAAUGCUAUCUUAGAAGUCAGCUUAUUCAGCACCACAAGAACUGUGAACUGGCAGAGAGAUGA